CUCAAAGUACUUUGAACCAGUUCAAGAUGGUGUGUAAAGUUGUCUUGUUGUGUUUAGUUUUGCACUAUGUUGCUUACGUUAUAUCAAUAAAUGAUAACCACAAAGUAAAGCGAAAUGUACUAUUAAUCAUAGCUGACGACGCGGGUUUCGAAAUCGGCGCUUAUGGUAACAAAAUCUGCCAAACGCCCAAUUUAGAUGAAUUAUCCAAAAAUAGUUUAAUUUUUAAUAAGGCUUUUACAUCGGUUAGUAGCUGUUCACCCAGUCGUUCAGCAAUUUUAACGGGCAAACCGUCUCACCAAAAUGGAAUGUAUGGUUUGCAUCAAGGAGUACAUCAUUUUGACUCUUUGGAUAACGUUGACAGCUUGCCGAAAAUAUUAAAAAGAAAUGGCAUUAAAACAGGGAUUAUUGGGAAAAAACACGUCGGUCCAGACGAUGUUUAUCCUUUCGACUAUUCGCAAACGGAAGAAAAUCAUUCAAUUUUACAAGUGGGCAGAAAUAUCACAUUUAUUAAAUUGCUCACCAGGGAAUUUUUAAAAAAUAUGACGGAUGAUCAAUUCUUUUUAUAUGUCGCUUUUCAUGAUCCUCACCGUUGCGGUCAUACAAAUCCAGAAUUUGGGGAAUUCUGUCAGAAGUUUGGUAAUGGAGAAGAAGGCAUGGGUUUGAUCCCAGACUGGGUACCGAUUCACUACCAAUGGGAUGAAAUUGAGCCUCCUUACUAUGUCCCAAACAGUGAGGCCGCUAAAAGAGAUAUUGCUUCGCAAUAUAUUACCAUGUCCAGACUAGAUCAGGGUGUUGGAUUAGUGUUAAAAGAAUUGAGAGAUUCUGGUCAUUUAGAUAACACGUUGGUCAUUUUUAGUUCAGACAAUGGAAUACCAUUUCCAAAUGGUAGAACUAAUUUUUAUGAUUCCGGCAUUGCUGAACCUAUGUUUAUUUCAUCCCCUUAUCAUAGAGAAAGGAGGAACCAAGUUACUAAUUCAUUGGCAAGCCAUUUGGACAUUACUCCGACCAUCUUAGACUGGUUUGAUAUCUCGCCAAAUGAUAGUAAAAUAUGGGAAACUAAUGAAAUUAAAGAAAAACGUUAUUUUACAGGAAAAACUCUGCUUCCACUGUUAAUAGAAGAGCCAACUGACAAAACAAAUGAAGCCAUUUUUGCCAGUCAUAAUUUACACGAAGUAACGAUGUACUAUCCUAUGAGAAUGAUAAGGACGCAACGUUAUAAGUUGAUCCAUAACAUAAAUUAUUUCAGUCCGUUUCCCAUUGACCAAGACUUCUAUGUAUCACCCACUUUUCAAGACCUUCUUAACAAGACAAAAUCCUCUCAAGAAACUUUCUGGUUCAAAACUUUAAAGCAAUACUACAAAAGGCCAGAAUGGGAGUUAUAUGAUCUUAAAUUCGAUCCAUCUGAGGUGUCAAAUUUGGCAGGGAAACCUAGUAUGAAACCUACGUUAGAAGAUCUUAGAAAAAGAUUGUUUGAUUGGCAGAAAGAAACGCAGGAUCCUUGGAUCUGUGCCCCUCAUUCAGUUUUGGAAGAUAAGGGUGCUUUUAGAGAGCAUCCUUCUUGUAUGGGUUUGGAUAAUUUGUGGUGAAAUAUAUUUUUAAGAAUCUCGUAGUGACAUUAGAAAACAAAAGUUUUGGCGUAAAUAUAUAUUUACUUUAAGAACUUCUAGAUUAAAAUAAAAACGUAUAUUUUUAAUGAAUAUAAAUAUAUUUUAUUGUUACAUAAAAAUUACAAAACACUGAAUAAAAUUUCAAACUUA